AAGACAGCAUCCCCUCCUCCCAUCUCUGCUGCUGCUGCUGGCCCUUGUGCAUCUAAGGAGGACCUGACAUCCGUCUGUUUUCCACUGUCUUGCUCUUUUCGGGACUAACGCCAUGGGGAGAUUAGAUGCGCUCCGGCAGUUUAAUUUGAUCAAAUGGCUCAGAGAAGAGAGACAGUCGAGGAAACUGAUUCUCUUUAUUGUUUUCGUCGCUCUGCUCCUGGACAACAUGCUGCUGACUGUAGUGGUUCCCAUCAUUCCCAGCUACCUGUACUAUCUGGAUGAGCAGGCAGAUGUGGUGUUGAAGAACAACACCCUGUCCCAGCAAGAACCUCCAGGAGCCUUCCACAGCAUUGUGUCCUUAUAUGAUAACACUGUGAGGUUGUCAGGCUUCAACGCCACAGUCAGGUCUCCUGAUCUGGUCCCUACAACCCCCGCUGUUGCAGAGCUGCCACAGAACUCCUCCGACUGCCCCCAGUCCAGCAGCAAGCUGGUCAAUGAGAAUGUCAAAGUGGGAAUGCUGUUUGCAUCCAAGGCCACCGUACAGCUCAUCACCAACCCCUUUAUAGGACCCCUUACAAACAGAAUAGGAUACCAGCUUCCCAUAUUUGCUGGUUUCUGUAUCAUGUUCAUCUCUACUAUCAUGUUCGCCUUCUCAUCGAGCUACGCUCUGCUGUUUCUGGCCAGAUCGCUUCAAGGUGUGGGCUCCUCCUGCUCCUCUGUGGCUGGGAUGGGAAUGCUUGCCAGUGUGUACACAAAUGAUGAGGAGAGAGGUCACGCCAUCGGGAUCGCCCUGGGAGGUCUGGCAUUGGGAGUGUUAGUUGGACCCCCGUUCGGCAGUGUGAUGUACGAGUUUGUUGGGAAGACUGCACCUUUCCUUAUUCUGGCUUUCCUGGCUGUGUUUGAUGGAGCUCUGCAGCUCUUUGUUCUUCAGCCCACCAAGGUUGAACCAGAGAGUCAGAAGGGGACCCCACUGUUGACACUGAUGAAGGACCCAUACAUUCUGAUCGCAGCUGGUGCCAUUUGUUUUGGGAAUAUGGCCAUAGGGAUGAUGGAGCCAACGCUGCCUAUCUGGAUGAUGGAGACCAUGUGUGCCAGGAAGUGGCAGCUAGGCGUCGCUUUCUUACCAGCGUCCAUCUCCUAUCUUAUUGGGACCAACAUCUUUGGCACGUUGGCACACAAGAUGGGGAGAUGGCUUUGUGCUCUGAUUGGAAUGAUAGUGGUUGGAAUCAGUGUAAUAUGUGUUCCAUUUGCUAGAGACAUCUAUGGUCUGAUUCUUCCAAACUUUGGUGUUGGUUUUGCUAUUGGCAUGGUGGACUCCUCUAUGAUGCCUAUAAUGGGUUACCUGGUGGAUCUACGACACGUGUCUGUUUAUGGAAGUGUGUAUGCCAUUGCUGAUGUGGCUUUCUGCAUGGGAUUCGCUUUAGGUCCGUCUAUUGGAGGAUCCAUAGCUGAGAGUAUUGGCUUCCCCUGGCUGAUGACCAUAAUCGGAGUAGUGGAUAUUUUCUUUGCUCCACUUUGUAUCUUUCUCAGGAAUCCACCAGGACAAGAAGAGAAAAUUGCAAUUUUGAUGGAUGCCAACUGUUCAAUGAAGACGGUGACCUACUCCACACAAGGGACGUACUAUCAGGGUGAAAACAUGGAUCCAGAAUAUGACGAUUAUGAUUAACAGGACGACAGCGAUGCAGGUUAAUCCUUCAGAGGAUCUAUUUUGUUGUACAAAAAAAGGGAACACAGAAAAAAAAAUAGCAAUGAAACAACAGCCAAGAUAUUUCCAUGUGAAUGUCCUGCGUUCAGUCUUCACUGUUCAGUGUCUUCUUAGCAGUUGUACUGGAGCAAACCAAAGUUGUUCUUGAUCUGUGGUUGCAAGCGCAUUGUGUGAGAGAUAUUUUUUUAGCCAACAGCCUUAUUCAAUAGAGAGAUGUGUCAUAAAGCACUUUUUAGACAGUAGGAGGGUGUUGGGCAACAACAAUUUGGUGUGCAAAUUGAUAGUAUAUUGGGUAAUUGUGUGGUAUGUCAAGAAACUGUUGUUUGUGUAAAAUCCAUGGAGAUUUGUUGGCCCAAUCUAUGGUCAUUGUUUGCAUAGAUACUGCAAAAAUACAUACCUAGAACCCCUCAAACCUGU